CCUUUGAUGUCGGGACUCCUCGCCUUGUCUUGGGCUCAAAUGAGCUGUUUGCUGUUGUAGUGAAACAUUAGUCUUCUACCAAGCAGCCCAGCCGGGGAACGCCACAUCUCAACUUUUUUUCUGUAUGUGGUGGGGGGUUUCUCUACUUUGGAGGCGCCCCAGAUUGAGGAGAUUUAACACAGAAGUCGCUUUAUAUUUUCUUUAUUUAUACUUUUGUUAUUGUUUCUUUUUUGUUUGUUUGCUUAUUUUCCUUUAAACAAAAGUGUACAACAUCGCAAGGGGGGAAGUAGACAUGCCUCAGCUCAGCAGCGGCGGAGGGGACGACCUGGGAGCGAAUGAUGAGAUGAUAUCGUUCAAAGACGAAGGAGAGCAAGAGGAGAAAAUCCAAGAAAAUGCGUUCACGGAGAGAGACCUGGCCGACCUCAAGUCCUCACUCGUGAACGAGUCGGAAAUUAAUCAAAGCCCGACCUCGGCGGUGGUCAGACGGGGACACCAUGGCGAGCAGAGGGGCUUCCCAGACAAACACCGAGAGCAUCUCGACGGCGUGUCGAAGCAGCAAGAUGGAGGCAUGUACAAGUCGCCGGCGUAUCCAGGGUAUCCGUUCCUGAUGCUGCCAGACCCCUACCUCCCCAACAGCUCUGUUUCUCCAUCUUCCAACAAAGUCUCGGUGGUACAGCAGUCUCAUGGGAUGCACCCACUGACGUCCCUGCUUCCCUACAGCAACGAUCACUUCAGCCCGAGUCCUCCACACCUGCCCACAGACAUGAGCCAGAAGACAGGUGUCCACAGGCACCAAUCCCAGGACCUCUCAGGGUAUUAUUCCCUCCCUCCAGGCAGUGUCGGCCAAAUCACUCCCUCCAUGAGCUGGCAGAGCCAGCCAGUCUAUCCUGGCCUGUCCCCCUGUGCAUUCAGGCAGACCUACUCCUCCAAUCUCCCCAGCGCCUCGUCCUACUCCAGGUUCCCUCACUCUCUGAUGCUUGGACCAUCAGGCAUGCACCCUACAGGGAUCCCCCACCCAGCCAUAGUGCCUUCUUCAGGCAAACAGGAGCAUGAACAGUAUGACAGGGGCAUGUACGUGAAGCCCCAUGUGGAGGCCAAGAGGGAGAAGGAGCCCAAGAAACCGGUCAUCAAGAAACCCCUGAACGCCUUCAUGCUGUACAUGAAGGAAAUGAGGGCGAAGGUCAUCGCAGAGUGCACGUUAAAGGAGAGCGCCGCCAUCAAUCAGAUUCUGGGACGAAGGUGGCACGCUUUGACCCGGGAGGAACAGGCCAAGUACUACGAGUUGGCCAGAAAGGAAAGACAGCUGCACAUGCAGCUCUACCCGACAUGGUCUGCUAGGGACAACUACGAGGCGGGCCUUAGCGGGGUCGCAGGGGAAAAGAGUAAAGCUGAUUGGGGUAAGAAGAAGAGAAGAAAAAGGGAGAAGCAGCAGGACUCCAACACAGACCCGGGCUCCCCUAAGAAAUGCCGGGCUCGCUUCGGCCUCAACCAACAAACGGACUGGUGCGGUCCUUGCAGGAGGAAAAAGAAGUGCAUUCGCUACCUUCAAGGAGGAGGCUGCCCCAGCCCAACUUCUUCAGAUCUAAGUGCUAUAGACUCUCCUCCCUCCCGCUCUCCUGUCCGUCACCGUCUCUACCACCGGCCCCCCUCCCCAGGCUGCUCCCCGCCUCCCACAUCACCCUCAACACGCCUCCCAAUGUCCCCGCACACACGCUCGCACACACGCUUCCCCCUGGAGCAUUCCACCAGCAGACGCAGCGACCUCCGUCAGCUCUCCGCUAAACACCCCCACACACACCUGGAACUGUCCAGUAAGCAGGCGUACUGCUCAACGACGCUGUCGGCCGCCAAGGUGGCAGGACUGUCUCUCAAAGUGCUAACAGAGACUCAGUGAUCGCUGUGGGCUGCAAACCUCAAUCCACACCCCCUUCCCACCCAGAGCCAUGAAGAUUAUCCCCAUCACCUCCCUUCAGUUUUUAAAAGGUUUUUAAGAUUUUUCUUCUGUUUGAUAUUUUUGUAGCUCACAUUUCUCCACAUGCUAGGUCCUCCAAAAUCAAUAUUUCCCAGGUCUUGUAAUUCACCAGCUCAAAUUGUAUCAGAUGUCUAUUCCAUCUUUUGGAGGGAGGGACUGAACUUAUUCUGCAGGUCCACUUGCAGAUCCAGUCUCUCUCCUCUGAACUGGUCUCCUGUGCUUCAUUGGGUCUGACAGCUCAAACCCAACUACGCUGAUCAGUUCUGCCUUGAGAUCCACAGGACGUUCACACGUUUUACAGCAGCUGGGUCUGUGCUUCAGCUUCCUUGACAAUCAACUGUUUUAUAAAAGAGCUCUUAAUAAAAUAAACCCUAUGAACAGUUUAAAAAGAGGCACAGAUAUGUUGCUGGUUUAAGUAUCUAAUUUCAGUCUCCAUAGUAACACACAGCCUAUUUCUCCUAUCCCAUCACAGCUUUUAUACAUCCAUCACUGUAACUCAGACCUAAUUGUUUAAACCUGUAAGGUGACAGCCACCGAACCUAAACUUCAGAUUUAAAGAUUUAAACCCUUUUCCCCUUCAGCUGCAACUUCACAGUCUGACAUUAGUUGCAUUUAACUUUUUUAUAACUACCUGUGCAGCUUCCUUAAAAACAAUUAUAUAUAUUUACAUCAAGUAAACCAAGAAUUCUCAAAUCACCUCCUUAAGGCACUUUCAGGCUGUCAAUCUCUGGCUUCAAUCGUUACUUUUUAGAUUUUUUUUCUGUGAUUAUGUCAUUUUUAAGUCAGGCGUUUUGUUCACUGAAGUGAUUUUUAAAAAGUCUCUUGACCAGUCUGCAGCUCGGCAAAGUAAAUCUGAGACCAAAUGGGUACUAUUAUAUUACAUUGUAUUGUAAAGUUUUAUAUUAUAAUUCAACUUUUUGUAUGUUUUUAUGAAAAAAUGAGAAAUGACACAAAAAAGAAAAAAAAUUGUUUUCAGCAUUUCUAAAAAAAAAAAAAAAAAAAAAAAAAAGUUUUGCAUUUGUCCUUUUGUGCAGAAAUGUAUUUAGUUAUUUUUGGGUUUAGUGUUAAUGCAGCCAUGUCCAAACUAUUAUCUUGUGUUCUCAGUCUGUGCAUGUUCCAACCUUAGUGUAACAUUUUGAGUAAAACUGGCUUUAAUUUACUGUUCAGCUCAGCUUCAAACUUAAGAGUAUGGACAAAAGCUGAGCUGAUGUUCCGUUUGCCUCCAGCAGAGGGAGGUCUUGUGCUAGAAAUAUCUGUUAAUUCGAGGACGUUCAGGUCAUUGACAGAAACAUCUGAUGGCUUUGUAUUUUUUAUGCCUGAUGUACUUCUUGUUUUUCUCUGAUGUAAUAAAGUGUUUAAAACA